AUGUCUUCUGCAACCAGCACAAAUGGUAGCGUGGGCAUGCCCCGCGUCCAAGAUGUCCUCCGAAGUCCAGAAGAUCUCGAGAAAAUUACGAGUUUGAAGGCGGAAAUCAACCGCAAAAAGGGCGAUGUCGACGCUAGAUUACGAGAAGGACUGAAAGAUCACUUGGACACUACACAGGCUGGCAUGUCGACGCUCUCUGAAGGACAGAAGCUAGUGGGGCAAAUCAAAGAGGAGAUGAAGAGCAUCCAUGACCUCUGUGAACAGGCCCAGGCCAUUCGCAAGAACUUCCCCCAGUUGGACUAUCUUGCCAGAGUUCAUCGGAAUUUCGAAGCCACUCGAGCGAUGCAAGCUGGUCUUGACAGUUUUGAGAGGGAUUGCUCUAACGUGCAAAGACUUUUGGAGGACGACGAGAACGAUCUGGAGAAUCAGCCUAAUCUUUUGGAGGCGCACAUGCGUUUGACUCGACUGCGCGAUUUUCGCGAUGAGGCACUGGAUCAAAUUCGCAGAGGGAGGGACUCCAGUCUGGAACAGACACUGCUGGACUGGUUUCAGCAGCUGGACAACGUCAUAGACUUGUUCGAUGACCACGUCGGUCAGAUCUGUAUGAAUCUGAUCGAGCUCGUUCAGAGGGACAACACCGGUAUCAUCGUUCGGCUUGCCAUCGUCAUUGCUUCUGAAGAGAAGAAUGAUGAUCGCGUUCGAGCAUUACAAGACGCCCAGAAGGAUCAUCAAGAUCUGGUGAGCAAGUUUACCUCAUUCACCAUCGGGCCCAAAACCAUGCGCGGGUACAAGGAGAAAUUCAUCCAAGCGAUCGAGGCUGUCGCCCAAGCCAAGUUCGAACAGACGAAGCAAGAGUUUCAAGAAGAUCCUUCCAAACUGGAAAAGCAGACCAAGUGGUAUUUCAAUGACCUCUUUGCGUGCAAGCAAGGAAUGCAGAAUCUCUUUCCGAGAAAAUGGAAGAUCUUCCAAACCUAUGUCGACAUCUAUCACAAACAGAUGCACGAUUUUCUUAUCUCUUAUGUGGAUGACGAAGGCCUCCGGCCGCCGCAGAUGCUGGGCAUUGUGCAUUACAUCGAUGACUAUUACAAGAAAAUGAACAAACUAGGCUUUCCCCCGACUCAGCUGAAACCACAUGUUCUGGACUCUCGAGAAGGCGAUUUGAUACGUGACUACAGGAACAUCAUCACCAAAGCCCUCAACUCGUGGAUUGACAGGAUGUACGUUACCGACAGAAAGAACUUUCUGUCACGAGAUUCCGAUGCCAUCGACCAGGAUCCAGAUGGCCAUUUCAGGACCAAGACGCUUGGCGACAUGUGGCGUAUGUUACAUGAACAGGCCGUUGCGGCAGGGGACUCCGAACGCGAAGAUGUGGUGGAAGGGGUGAUGAGCGCCAUGUUUAGUGCACUGAAAUCGAGACAGCAACAAUGGGAAAGGCUUAUCGACGAAGAAGUGGAUCGAUAUAAAAAUCCGACAUCAGAACAGCUGGAAACCCUUCAGCCGUUUCAAGAUUGGCUUCUCGCCAUUGCAAAUGAUCAGAUUGCCUGCGUUGAUGAUGCGGCAGGGGAUGUCGUAGAUGACCCCGCCGCACAGAAGGGCUACCUGACUCGGUUCCGCGAAGACUUUACUAAAUUACCCACCCCUCCCUCCGCCAAGUUCAUGUCCACCAACGGAACUACCGAAUUGGAUGCUCUCCGCGAUGGCUACGUAGAUCUGGCCACUCACUGCAUCAAUCGCUUCGUGCAGCUCAUUUUCAAGGUCGAUUUCCGAUCCAUCCUGACGGAAUUGUUUGUCCCUGGGAAAUGGUAUGAGCAGUCGGCCAUGAAACGGAUCACCACGACAUUCGAUGACUAUGUUGGAGACUACAAUUCAGUACUCCACCCGUCACUGAUCGAUAUUCUGAUCGAGGAACUCUCUGAUGCUCUAUUGGUCAAUUAUCUAGUAUCAAUCCGGACGAACCGAGGAGUCAAGUUCCGUCGAGGGGAACCAUUUGCGGCAAAAUUCAGAGAUGACGUGUUGGCGGCCUUUGCCUUCUUUGAGAAGUACCCCGACACGUUCAAUGAAACCAUCAAGCCCAAAUGGAAGGCUGUGAACUUCACCGUGCAGCUGCUCGAGGCCGACAAAGGUGAAGUGGUGCGUGUGUAUGAACAAUUCAAACGUGAAUACUGGGAUCUUCAGUUGAGUUGGGUGGAGGGGGUUUUGAAAACUCGAGACGAAUGGGAUCGCAGCAUGAUCACGGCCGUGAAACGUGCGGCCGCGAGUACCUAUGCCGAGCGAGGUAUGGACACCGUCAUGGGCAAGGUCAAGUAA